AUGGCGAAAGUCGCGACUGACUUUGAGCGAAUCAUCCAAGAAGGACGAGAGAGGAAGAAGAACGAGGCGUUGGCACAAAAGAUAUUCUCCAAGGAUAGACGGCAGAGCGCCCCUAGCAAGCUCAAGCCCGGCGCGGGUCCGUCGCUUGCAAGUCGAGUCGGCGUGAAGAAGCAGCGCACCGCUUCCCUCGGUCCCAAGGCACUCCCUGCCGGCAACAUCGAUGGCGAUUGGACACACGACCUGCACGGGACCGUGAACGGAGGCAACGGUGGCGCGGGCGGUCUUGCUUCGCGCAUCUCGGCGCCGGGAGGCAGGUCCGCACCUGGCGCAGCCGCGAACAACCGGCGGAGCGACAGGCGCACGGAGCAAAGGGCUGCCAAGGUCGCCGCGGCGAUUGAGCGUUCAGGCGGAAUGGCCGAUGUGCAGACUACCUCCAGCGCGCCGACCGGCCCCGCCGUGAAAAAGGGUCUCUCGAUACGUGGAUUGGCGGGGCCGUUUGCGGUUAUGGCGCAGAACUUUGCGCCUGGGACGACGGCGGCGGACAUCGAGAGCGCGAUGACGCCCGUCGGCGGGGAGAUGCUGAGUUGUCGGAUCAUCAAGACCAGCCCACUGAUUGUGGCGGAGAUGGUGUUUGCGACCAAGGAGGGCGGGGAUGCGGUCAUUAAUACGUUCAACAACCAGACGGCCGACGGACGGAUCAUCAAGGUCUACCCCAAGCCUGGCGGCUAUAAGGAGCCCGUCGCGGCCAACGGCUCGCGCCCUGCAAACGUUUGGUCGGCGUCGAGUCACGUCGUCGACGGCACGAACGGAUUCCCUGAGCAGAUGGCGGAGGAUGAUGGCACUCUGUACAGCGAUCGGAUCGUUAAUGCAGGCGGCGGCGGUGGUCGCGGUACCCGCAAAGGCCGCGGGUUCGACCGUGGUGGACGCAGAUGA